AUGAGCUCAUAUUCUUCUCCGCGAACCCCCAAUGAAGUCUAUAGUGAAAUGGACUUUUCCAUUUAUUCUCCUAGUAGCGAGUUUGAUUUGGAUUUCACGUUCAGGUCCUUAAAGAAGGGGGUUUGUGAUAAGGAAGAAGAUUUAAACCGUAAACACUUCAAUUCACCAGAGUCAUUACUCGUCUUAACAGCCAAAGCAAUCGCUCUACACUUCCCAUUUGAGGUUGUUGAAUCCAGUCCAGUUACCGUGCCAGAAGAAUUGCAGAGACUCAUAGCUUUUCAUAGCUUUCCAACUGAUGAAGAUGAAAUAUGGUUGUAUUCCUGUCUCAGCAGCGGAGGUUCGUAUGAAUUCAAUCAAGGUGAAGCAUUGUGGGCUGACAAAGCUGUUAAAGAAUGUGUUCAAAUAGGAUUUCAUUUGAGCGCAACUGUAUUGACAAGUCUUCAUAUUGCACCUGCUUUUGUACCUCCAGCUAAUAAUGAAGAAAAUAGCACAAAUAAUAAUAAUAAUCCUAGUUCUGUUAAUCAUUUCAUUCCGUACGUUAUCAAUCCUAAUUCAAAUGAUACACACCGUGGGCAGUCAAAUGUUGAGAAUUUCGGUACUACAAAUGAAAACACUGUCAAUAACACUAAUGCUGCUACUAAUGCUACCAAUAGUAAUUAUAAUGGUAAUAGAUUGCGAAAACGUGGAAUUAAUAUCGAGCCUGAUUAUCCUGCUCAUCGAGUUUCAUUGACAUUCGAUCGGCAGAGGAUAACCUCAUGCUCAUGCACGUGUACUUUCGAUUUAGAAGAACGAUGUACAGCUGUUGCAUCACCUUCAAAUUUUGGCGAUAAUAAUAUGCUAAAUUUAGACCCAACGGAAAACAUUAAUAAUUCUAUAAAAUCAAAUUCUUUUGCCUAUCAACCAAUGACUGCAACAGAACCAAAUUCUGCAAUGCUGUGGCAUUCCGGUGCUAGAAAUGGAUCAAUUUUUACAAAUUCUCAUAUAAACUCACGCCAAGCAUCUAAUCAACCUAAUAAUUAUCUUUUAAAUAAUAAUUAUUUGCCAAAAAAUUCAUGUAAUCAAACGUCUCCGAAUAGUCGUCGUUCUUGGUUGUUUAAUCAACAUAUUUCAAAUCAAAAUGACGUACGUAAUGAUUUAAUGCCUGCAAGUGGGCAAAAUCCAACAGGAACAUGGUGUUCACAUGUUGUUGCCACAUGUUUAAUGCGUAUUCGACAACCUGAUAAAGUUUUGUUACGUGCUCCUAUAUCAGAGUCCUUAUCAAAAUUAAGUAGAGAAGAUUUACAAAAAUUUGCUCAAAAUUUAAUUUGUCAUGUAGGCCCUAGAAAAAUUUUACCAGCUGCUCAGCGUAUUUUAGAUCAAUUAUUGGCUGCGACAAAUAAUCCGAUUAAAAAUUCUGCUGGAGCCCCUGACCCAACAGUUGGUGGAGCUAUGGGUGAUGCAGCAGCAUGGUGUUUCGAUGGUGGUGUAUUGGAAGAGAAAUUACGAGUUACACUACGUAGGUUUUGGGCUCCACGACCUGUACUGUACAGUGAUAUUGCAUCAUUAAGCUUUAAUUCACCUACGGAAGUGGAGAAUUUUCACUGUAUACUUCGUUCUUAUCGUGCCAAUGAGCCACGUGGCCUCUGGGAAUUAUUAUCAUUCAUUAAAGAUAUGAUGAAAAGACAAGAUAAUAAUGGUGUUUUACUCUUAGAAAUUGUUACACGAUGCAUUUUAGAUAUUAGUGAGGUCAUGUCUUGGUGGUAUACUGUUCAAACUAAUCCUUGUCACUUUCCUGAAAGUUCAUAUGUUCGUGAAAAACAAACUCAAUGUGUUGCUGUUUGGUUAUGUGAAGAAAUUGUUCAACUUUGGAGCUUAGCUUGUUUAAAUCCUGAACUUCGACCAGUUUUAAAUCAUGUCAGCCAUAAAUCAUUAUCAUCAUCACCUUCACCAUCAUCAAAUGGAGAUGACUGGUUUUCUACUGGAAAUUGUAAAUCUUAUUCAGAUUGUUGUUGGCUUUUACAACAAAUCGCGCAUAGGUUAGAAGCAUUUCAUUCAUUCGCUUUAAAACAAGCUAAUAUUCACUUAGGUUUAACGAACACAACUGCAAAAAAUGCAAUGACAAUGGUUUGGUGUGAUACAUUAGGCAAUGGAUUAUUUCCUGAUGAAAUAUUUUUUCAAGAUGGUUUAUAUUCAGUACCAAAAAAUAUUUCAUUGUUCUCGGGAUUUGCACCAGCUCUCGGAGCUUGCAGACUUUCAUGGUCUUCUGAAGUUCCGCCUACUUAUGGUCUUUCCGGUACUGAAUUUUUGAAAUUUAUGCCAUUAUUUUCUGGUGCACAUGUGAACAGUGAUUCAGAAAUUACAGAUUAUGCAAAUAUGAUUUUGAAUUUCUCAAAACACUAUUUCAAUUCAAUACGAAAUGAUAAUCAUCAUAACAGUCACCACAAUAGUCGUCUAAUUGAAUUAUAUGAUCAUUGGGGUAUAGAUGAAAUGAAUCCUCAACUAUUUAAUAAUCUUCCUUUACCGGAAAAUCAUAUUGAAUUUGCUUUUACAAGAUUUCAAGCACUUAACGCUCAUGGUUAUACAGAACAAGCUUUACAAUGGGCACGUUAUCUAGCUCUUUUAUUAUUAUAUACCAGUAAUGAAUUUAUCAAUGAAUGCGAACAAGCUUCUUUUGAAAUUGUUGGCAGAAUAAAAUAUCAAUCAUCUGAGACUACUACUACCACUACUAAUCAUGUAGCUAAUAUCAAUCAAACUACUGAUGAUACACAUAGAACUAAUCUAAAAGACUCCUAUUCUGCUAACUGUCAGUCUAAUUCACAUAGUCAACAGAAAUCGAUACCUACAAGUUCAUGGAGUACAAGUCGUAUACCUGGUGGUAGUUCAAAUCCUCGAAAAAAUUCACGUAAUUCACGUUCUAAAAAAUCGACUGCAUAUUCAAAUACAACAAAUUCUCAAGAAACUGCAGAGAAAUGUACAAAUUCGAUGAAAUUACCUCCAUUUGUUAAAAAACUAUCCAUCGAUUACACUAGAAAGGCUAUUCGUUGGUUGGAUCAGAUACGGUGUAUCAUGGAAUGCAUUUCAAAUUCACACAAGGAACGUAUUUUUAAUAUGCCAAAUUCCUCGACUAAUGGAAAUAUUUUCUUCCCUAAAACAACACGCUUUGAUUAUGCAAAUAAUAUUAAUAAUAACAAUGUUGAUUAUGUAAGCGGUAAUAGUAGUUUUGUUGGCAAUUAUACCACUGAUCACAGGAAGCAAACGGAGACUAGAAAUAUUGAUUUAAACAAACCUUUCGAUAUAUGGGAAUGUAUUGAUAUUGAGUUGAUUUUUCGUCUUGGAUUUUGUGCAUUGAAUUUUCCUCGACCACCAUGUUGUAGUCCAUUGCUAGAAGUGAAAUUAUUUGUCAUGGAAAUUACAUUACUUACUAGACUAUGUUUCUUGCCUAUUCAUCUUGCAUGUCCACAUGUAAUAUCAAGUAUACGUAGUGAGGCGAAACAAUUAAUAUCCAAUUUAACAUUACAUCAAAAAGAUAUUCAUGUCCCGUUUAAUUUGGCUACCUAUUUAUUUCAUCAACUGGUUGGUGUGGUUCGAUCCUGUGGGAAUUAUUUACCUCCACAAUCAGCUAAUUUUAUUCCAUCCAUUCAUCAGCAUACAGAAAACGUUGCACCAAAUAUUAAUAUUUCACUGAUGGAGAAUUUUUUUUCUUGUCCAGUAUUAUCAACUGGUGCAGUGUUAGCUGGUAGUGGUCUACCAUUAGCAAUGGACAUAUAUAAAUCUGCUAGUGGAUCAGAAUUGAAAAAAACUGAUCAUCCUAUCAGUGUUCGUAUUGCAGCAGAUGCGGAAUUAGGUUUACAGUCUGUCUUAACAGUAUUGGGAGUAAAAUCUCGUGUACCCGAAAGAUUAUUCACUUAUUUUAUUGAAGGUCAACGUGUUCAAGAAGAUGCUUUAGCCGUGUAUUUAUUUCGUAUGUAUCGGGAUGAUAUAUCGAAACUUGAUCGAAUUCGUGCACGUUUACUUGAUCGCUACUAUAAUCCUUACUUUAAAUCACCACCUUUAUGGGCUUGUUUAAGUUUGGGAUCUCGUGAAUUAAUGAAUUUUCAAUCACCGGAUUUGGAUUAUAAUUCUGUUCCUGAAGUACUAGUGACAAAUAAAAUUGAAAAUAAAUUAAAUAUAUCACAAAACAGCUGUGUACCAGUCGCUUCAAAAAUUACCCUGGAGCUAAAUAAUUUAUCGUUGAAUAAUAAUAAUAAUAAUAAUAAUAAUAAUAAUAAUAAUGGUAAUACUAAUAACAUCAGCAACAUUCAAGAUGUGGUGAAUUUAUCUACAGUUUCCAAUCCAACCACUUCCUUUGUAAACAGUAAUUUACCAGAUAACAACACACAACUAAUGUAUUGUAGUGAAGAACAAAAACAAUCUUCAAUAAUUAAAACAAAUGAUACAGAGGAUCAAAUGGUGCAUAAUGAUGAUAAUAAUAGAAGUAGUAGUCCUAGUAGUGUUCACCAACCUGUUGAAAACGAUAAAUGUUCUAAUUCGUUUAAUACAACAGAUUCGUUAGAUCUUGAUAAUAUUCGUCGAUUAUCUGAAAAUGAUAAACAACAUACUUCAAUCAAUAAUGAGAAUGAUCCUUGUUCAUUUGAUCCAUUAUCGAUUAGUGAAGAUACAGAUACUUUAUCUGACUCAAAGCUGCAUACUUUACAUUGUGCUACUCUGUAUAAUGUUCGCAGAAAAAUGCAACGUCAUUCAAGUAUAGUGGAUACGACUAGUGCACCGGAAACAACUAGCAGUGAUAAUUCACCGGCUGCAACACGUCGUUUCAUACUGUUCGGUACAAAACCGUCCGAAGCUCAAACAACAGAAAGUAGUGAUGGCGGUGGUGGUGGUAGUAAUUGUGGAAUGAUUGCUGAACGUUAUAAACAAUUAUCAUCAAGCCUAGUCAAUUCAGCGUCACUGAAUGAUAAUAAUAAUAAUAAUAAUAAUAAUAAUGACAACAAUAAUGAUGAACUUUGUUCAAACGCAACGCAUAUUUUAGAUGAGAGUAGUGAUCAUAUUCAACCUAUUGAUCAUGUUAAACAAACUUCUACCAUACAAUCAUCUUUCUCUUCAUUCUCUGAUAAUGAUGAUGGUGGUGAUGACGAUGAUAACGAUGAUGAUGAUGAUGAUGAGGAGGAGGAGGAUGAUGACGACAAUGAUGAAUGUAUUGGUACAGAGAUGAAUAAGAAACAAUCUGUUAAUGAUAAUAUGACAAUCAGUAAGGAAGAUAAUACUAAUAAUAAUGAUAACGAUCGAUUUCAAACAGAUUUUAUGCAAGCUUUGCCAGAUGAUGCUUAUUCUCAAUCAGGCUCUCAUUAUGAACCUAAGAGGGAUUCAAAGCCUAAUUCCCCUACAUCCAAAGUUUCAAUGUCUUCUCUUCCUAUUAGAAAUUUAUCUACAGCUACAGGUCCAUAUCGUUUACGUAUAGGUUGGCAUUCACAUCUUAAACGUCCGCCACCACAACCUUUAUCGGAUUCCAUGGCUUUUCAUGCAUUUCAGUUAGCUGAAACAAUUUGUGAAUGUGCUGGUGGUCCAAGUACCAGUGGAUCUAUGUUUGUAGCUGAAACGGAAGGAAAUGAUACCGUACAUCGUAAUCUUCAAUUAAUAUCAUUUCAGUUAGGACUUUAUGGCUUAGGAUUAUUCAAUUGUCUCUUGCCUUCUUGGCAAAAUCGUACAUUUUCAAGAAAUGGUGGAUGGAUAAGUCAACAAGUAUUUGAAAUCGGUAUACCAGCUGCUUGUAUUUUAUAUCAUUCUUGGCGACAGCAUCUUACAGCUGCAGAACUAGCUGCUAUCUCAUUUCAAUUAUCAAGAACAAAUAAUCGUUCUCUUGUUGACGUUGCUGCAGAAUUAUGUCUUGCCAGUUUAUCAUUAUGUACAGCAUUAAAACCACAAGAUUUAUACAGAGCAUUAGAACAAUGCGGUGAACAUUCAAGUCAUACUUUAGAACGUGGAUUAUUAUGCGUUGAACGUAGCGCUUAUCAAUCAUCACAUGAUAUUUUACCAGAGAUCUAUUUCUAUUUAGCAAGAAGUUGGUAUGCUUUACAUCAUUCCACUAAGAAAGAACUUGAACAAGCAUUGAAUUCAUUGGAAUCUUCUAACAAUUUAAAUCAAUCAUUGAAAAUUCGUAAUGAUCAUGAGGAUUUACCAGUGAAUAAUAGAAAUAACACAAUGAAUAUAAAUUUAUCUGAUUCCAAUAUUGUUAUUCAUCCUAAUUUGAUUAAUUCAAUGCAUGAUAUGAAUAGCAAUGUCACUACCAUCAAUAAUAACAAUGAUAGUAAUACUACUACUAUUACUACUACUACUGCUAGUGAUAAUAAUUGUCCUAUUGCCGAAAUGCGACUAGUUUCAGAUUCACUUCAUCCAACCAAUGAUAAUAAUAAUAAUAAUAAUAAUAAUCCUAACAAUAGUAGUAAUCUAGCCACUGAUGAUUUAGUUAGUGCUUGGCAUUAUUAUCAAUCGGUUAAUUUAUUUCAACAACCAAUUCUACGAGAAGAGCAACAGCAGGAGCAACAACAACGACAAUUGAUGUAUCCUGGCUCUACAGUGUUCCCGAUGAAUUUCAAUUAUGGAUGUUUUCCACUUGGUCAACAGCAGCAGCAACUACAACAACAACAAUAUACACCAUUUCUGUAUUAUAUGAAUAUGCUUAGUUUACAAACACCUCAAUCAUUGUCACAACAACAACAAGUAAAUAAUAAUAGCACACAAUCACAAUUACAAUCUACAAUACAACAACAGCAACAACAAUCUGUUCCUCAUCAUCAUGUAUCACAUUACUUACCACAACCUCAGUUAGUGUCACCAAUUCAAUCUACUGUACCAUACUCAUUUGGAAUGCCAUCUGUACCUGCAAUGAGACCUGUUCAAUCUCCCACUAAUUAUUUUGUACAUCCUCAGUUUAUUCCGAACACUCCACUUCCAGCACCGUUAUCGUCAUCUCAGUCAAUGAAUAUAAUUCCGAGUGGUCCAUUUGUCACUAUUCCACAUCAUAUAAAUCCAUCCGCUUCAAUAUCUCCAACCGUUGCAACUAAUGUUCCGCCCUGUAAUUCAUAUCAAGCUUAUCCAGUGGAUCAAGUAAUAGAACCUUCAUUGUAUAGUUAUAAUCCUCCAUUGGUUAUACCACCUGGUCAUCAACCUUUAGUUUGUAAUGUACUUGGUACUCCACCUCAGCCACAAGUACAACAACAACAACAAUAUCAAACCAUUGAAUCGGUUACAUCGUCAGCAUCUAUUAACACUACUAGAAAUAUAAACAGUAAUAAAAGCAGUUGUGUCAAUAAUAUUAAUUUGAAUGCAAUAUCCAAUCGCCCGAUGGUUUCAGACAAUUCACUAUCAUCAGUUAUAUCAUCCACGUUAACGGCAACUCGUCAAUUGACAACAUCAAAUACUGCUUCUAGUUCUGUUGUUGUACAUCCAUCUAUGUCUGAUCAAGGAUCAAUUGUAUCUGAAGGUGAUUCUUGUAGAUUGACCGAAUCUGUGGCAGAUGGAUUAGGCGAUGAAAAUAAUCCAUAUAAUAAUAAUAAUAAUAAUAAUAAUAAUAAUAAUAAUAAUAAUAAUAGCAACAACUCUGGUGAAUUAUCAUCAAAUAAUAAUGAUAAAGAGAAAUUAUCAGCUAGUACAGCAAAAUCAACGGCCAGCGAAUUACAAUCUUUGAAGUUGAAAGCACAAGCUUAUUUAAUUAGAGCAUUUUUCUGUGCAAAAUGUGCGAUUAAAAAGAUAUCAGCUAGCCAAUCUAAUAUGAGUACAAAUUUUACACGUCAAAAUCCUAUUACUGUUUCUAUGCCAUCAAGAAAUAUACGUGGAAAGCAUCAUCAUUAUCAUAUGCAACAUAGUCAUCGUGGAAAUUCAACAAAUCAUUUACAACGUCGACAUUUCAUACAAAAUGAUACUAAUAAUGCAAAUAGUAAUUGUACUCUUCCAACUAAUACACGUAAUACCCUAACAACAACUGAUCAAAAUAAUUGUCUACAAUCAGAGAAUUCAUCAUCAUCAUUAUUUCUUAUACGUGGUAUCUCAUCAUCAUCUUCAUGUGGAACAUCCAAUCAAAUCAGAGUGACAUCAAGUAAUGUUGGCUCAGAUUUUCAUUUAACUAAUACUGAUACAACCACUACUAAUGCAACUUCUUCUACAACUACUACUAAUGCCAAUUCAAAAUCAUGUAGUGCACAUAUACUUUGGACUUUAGAUGUUGCUAGUAGUUUAGGUCCUUUGGCUGUAAAUGAAUAUUGUGAUCUAGUUUUACAAUGUGUCAGUUGUCCGUUGUUAAUGGAACAAAUCACUUUGAAAGUUAUUGAUUAUUUCGAAAAAUAUAUGAAAAUACAUGCUCCACCUUGUAGCGUCAAUAAUGGCACAGAUGGUCUAGCCAAUUUGCAACAAACUUACAUUGAUAUUUCCUCACCAAACGGAGUUAUUCCUGAUAACAAUGAUAAAAAUUCAAACUUUUGUUCAAAUAUAUCUCAAAAUUAUGUUAAUCCAUCUCAGAUGCCUAAUCAGAUAUGGACGACUUCAUUGGCCUCUCUAACACCUGUAUCUAAUUGGCCAAUCAACGCAAAUCUCCAUAAUUUACGCGACGUUGUUCCUGCGGUGAUUUCUGUACCUUUUUCUCAUUCCGAUCCAAAUAGCAUAAAUUCCACGUUUAAUUAUCAUUCUUUCAUAUCACCAUCAAUAAAUCCACCGAAUAAUACAUCUUGGUCACAAUCUUCUAUUGGACCUGUCAACUAUCCCAUGCUACAACCAAAUCUAUAUUCGAAACAACUACAGGAGAACACUUGCCGGUUUAAACAAAUGACUUUAAAUCCUGAGCUAAGUAUAAAUUCAAUUCCCUACAUUAGUCCCAACAAUAAACCAAAUAAUCUAAAUUUUGCUUACAAUCAACUGCCCUAUUAUAAUCAGCAGACAUCGGGAAUAAACCUAUGGACAGUGAAUGCACAAUCUUAUAUUCGUCCUGUUCCUCCUCCCCAUGCAGUACCAGCUGGUCCUCUGCCUCACUAUUAUCAAAAUGAUAAGUAUCUAAGUUCAGCGAUGACGAAUGCGGCAACAGGAACCCAUCAUACCAGUCACACUGUUACAGAUGAACCAAUAAGACCAAAAUCACUGGAAUUUAGUGGUAGAGAUGUAGUAGAGAAUUUAAUCAAUCAAACACACACAUUAUUUCAAAAGUAUAUUGAUCAAAGACUUCAGUAUAUUGGACAAAGUCAAGUAGAAUGGGAUGAAUUUGUUGAUUUAAUUUUAAAAGCAUAUAAUGUUCACUUAAGUAUGCCUGCAAUUGAUUGUGGUUUACAUUGGAAUAAUUUAUUGACACGUAUUCGUCGUCAUCAAAAGUGUAGUCCAGCUUUAUGGCAGCGUAUUUUAGCCGGUAUACAAACAGCUGAUUUGAAAAGAUCAACUUAAAAUCAUUUCCAUAUUUUUGUGCUUCUUUUAUUUGGCCGUCGUAAUUUACUCAUACUCUCUCUCUAUCUCUUACUUAUAUUCAUUGUGCGUGUGUUAUGGAUGUUAGCGUCUUGCUUGUGUUUGUGGUCACAUUUUGUUCGCAUCUUAUGUAGGAUAUAUAUUUACUCUAUAACUGUAUGUAUGUAUGUGUGUGUCUAUAUUUUAAUUUGUGUUCUCAAUAGUUACAAUCAUUGUUUAUCACAAAUAAAAACGGUUAUCCUUAUCGAUUUCUUUGUAUUCAUCAUACUCUUCAAUUUGCCUACAAACUUACAUACUCAAUAUUGUUUAAUUGUAAAAGAGGAAAAAGGUUGAGGUUAAAUGUAAUAUUCAAACAUGGGAAAUAAUUCUCAAUCAUGCACACAUGCUUUCUCGCAUAAUUAUCUUUAAUAAUAAUUAUUGUUAUUAUCAAAUUAUAUCCUCAUUGACAUUAUUUC